UAAGAGGAGGGACACUGUCCCGGUGACAGUGCUGAAGCUGGCGCCACUGUCGGGACCAGGAGGCAACAACAGGCGCUGAGUUUACAACUACACCCUGAGUGACUGAAGGGAGAAAAGGUCUGGUUUCUACUUAUUAGUUUGCUAAAUGUCAAUGAAUGGAAGGCGGGAGGGUGUAGGCGUGCUCCAGAACUCAGCUGGGGCUGACUGGAGUCCGUAGAGCGAAGGGUCUAGCUACGUCCCCAGGGGAUGCAGGAGCCCAAACUCAAGCAGCUUCUCUUUUCUGCAGGUGCGCUUUCCCCCGCCAUCCCCAAUCCGUUUGGGAGAUGAGACUCCUCGGGAAACUCCGGGCCUCUGCUCCCGAGCCCUCCUUUUCCAAUGUUCUCACCCCUGGCCGCAUCCCCGAGUUCUGCAUCCCGCCGCGGCUGCCAGUCUCUUGCGCGCCGGAGUCUUGGUCCCGGGACGCUGCACUGCCGCGGCGGUGCGCUGCCGAGCCGGACUUGUGGCCCGGCGGAGCAGACGAGGGUGCGGGGCGCACUGACUGGGACCCGCGCUCGCAGGCCGCGCUCUCGCUGCCGCACCUACCCCGCGCGCGCACCGCCUACGGCUUCUGCGCGCUGCUCGAGACCCUCGCGCUCGCUCGGCUGCCGCCCCCAGCCCCGCGGCGCCCGCCCCUGGAGGCCGAGGGCACCGUGACUCUGGGCCGCGCUGGUGGAGCCCUGCGCCUGGCCGCGCAGUACAGUCCGGCAGGCGGGCGCCUGCGCAUCCGGCUGCUCCGAGCCGAGGGUCCGGCCGGAGGCAGCGCCGAGCCCUGCGCGGUCGGCUGCCGCGUCAGCUUUGUGCUGCAACCGCCGGGCAAGGCGCGCCAGCCCCGCGGCGCCAUGGUCCUGCGGAGCCGCACGGCCGUCUUGGACCAGGACUUCUGCUUGGACGGGCUCUCGGAGGACGACGUGCGCCGCCUGGCCGUGCGCGUCAAAGCGGAGCACAAGGGCCACAGCCCGGAGCGGGGCGAGCUGCACUUGGGCGCCCUGCUGCUUCCCUGAGGGCCCGCCGGGUCCUGCCGGGGCGCUUUCCGCCCG